GCAACGCUCGUAAUGUCAUCACUGCCAUCCAGAAGUUGCCCGCUAGCGUGAAGGUCCGCACGGUACCGGGAGCUGCCGAACCCGCCGCAUUACCGACGAGCCGCCGUUAUCUGGAGCCACGGCACCCGGAGAGACUCACUGACGCCGGGACCGAGCUUCCACCGGGACCGCCUGAACCUCCGUGAAGGUGAAUGCACUUCGGGCCUGUCAGAUCUGAAGGACGAGCGGCUGCUGCAGUCAUCACAUUCCUCCACAGCAUUCGAAGGAAGAGGUGCUCUUUGUCCUGAUCUCAGCUCAUCUGCUCCGACCUCCUCAGACCCUCAGAAGCUCAACAGUGAUAUUUGACUUCGACGUCUCCUUGUCUGCGAGCAGAGAUGCCUCCAGCGCUGGGUGGGCCCAUGGGGUACACCCCUCCUGAGGGUGGCUGGGGCUGGGCGGUGGUGGUCGGAGCCUUCAUCUCCAUCGGCUUCUCCUACGCCUUCCCCAAGUCCAUCACCGUGUUCUUCAAGGAGAUCGAGGCCAUCUUCGAGGCUACGCCCAGUCAGGUGUCCUGGAUCUCCUCCAUCAUGCUGGCUGUCAUGUACGCAGGAGGUCCAAUCAGCAGCAUCCUUGUGAACAAAUUUGGCAGCCGACCAAUCAUCAUCCUCGGUGGUUGCCUGUCGGGGUCUGGACUGGUCGCCGCCUCGUUCUGCAACACCGUGGAGCAGCUGUACUUCUUCAUCGGAGUGGUGGGAGGUCUGGGUCUAGCGUUCAACCUGAACCCAGCCCUCACCAUGAUUGGUAAAUACUUCUACAAGCGGCGGCCCAUCGCCAACGGCAUCGCCAUGGCGGGCAGCCCGGUGUUCCUGUCCACGCUGGCUCCCCUCAACUCCUGGCUGUACGACGAGUUUGGCUGGAGGGGCAGCUUCCUCAUCCUGGGAGGACUGCUGCUGAACUGCUGCGUGGCCGGUUCCCUGAUGCGACCCAUCGGACCCAAACCUCAGCCGCCAUCGUCCGACUCUGAGGCCGGCGAGGCCAAGAAGGCGGACGCGGUUCAGCCGCAGCCCAAGAAGACGGUUCUGCAGACCAUCAACUCCUUCAUCGACCUGACGCUGUUCAAGCACCGUGGCUUCCUGCUCUACCUGAUGGGCAACGUGGUCAUGUUCUUGGGCCUCUUCGCUCCGCUCGUCUUCCUCUCCAACUACGCCAAGAGCAAACACAUCAGCAAAGAGAAGGCGGCCUUCCUGCUGUCGAUCCUGGCGUUCGUCGACAUGUUCGCCCGGCCCUCCAUGGGCCUCCUGGCCAACACCAAGUGGGUCCGGCCCAGAGUCCAGUACUUCUUCGCCGCUGCCGUCCUCUACAACGGAGUGUGUCACGUCCUGGCGCCGCUGUCGGUGGACUACACGGGAUUCAUCGUCUACGCCGUCUUCUUCGGCUUCGCUUUCGGCUGGCUGAGUGCGGUGCUGUUUGAGACGCUGAUGGACUUGGUGGGAGCUCAGAGGUUCUCUUCAGCCGUGGGUCUGGUCACUAUAGUGGAGUGUGCUCCGGUUCUGUUGGGACCACCGCUGACGGGAAGCUUCUACAGCUACUACGAGUCCUACGACUACACCUACAUCUCCUGCGGCAUCAUCCUCAUGGUGGCCAGCGUCUUCCUGUUCGUGGGAAUGGGCAUCAACUACCGGCUGCUGGCCCGGGAGAAGAAGGCGGAGGAGAGGCGAGAGAGGGAGGAGCCUAAGGAGGAGCGCGCCGCCAUGCUGGCUCCUCCGUCGCCGUCGAAAUCGGACGAGGACGCCGACGGGAACAACGCGCCGGCCGCCGUCACGCUGGACGACGUGGCCAAGAUGGACGAGGACACGGUGUAGAGACAAAAAAUCUGAAUAACGCAGACUUUAAAACACACACUUCACAGGAAACACACACGAGAGCUGCAGUUACAACCACUCACCGAGAGAUUAUACCCUUUCUACGCCACCCUGAAGCCAUAGUUUAUCAUUAGAAUCUCUGGUUUUGGUAUUUGAUGUGCCUUUUUUUGGUCCUGGGAGCACAGGCACCGCUUCAAACCACCGUUUUAGACGCACAACAAGACGGAGCGACUGUACGAGAACAAUCUAGUAAACUAACGAGGACUUUGUCUCAGGGUCUCGAGCUGCCGCGAAGGUUCACAACCUCAGAAAUCACUCAGACGGAGGCUCGGAAGUCAAACUGUACAUUUUGUUACAACACUUAGAGAUACUGUAAGUUCUCCUUCCUUCACGUUCCACAUACUUGUUUCACUCCUCAACGGCUGGACGCAGAUUUAAAGCUCACCGUUUACUCUAGGGGUGGUUACAGUUUAUCCAGUUUGGAGUGUGACUGUUUGUUUUUGAUUUUUUUUUUUUUAUGCCGGAGAACACAAAAAAUAUGAGUUUUGGGAGAAAAAUGAAGUUUAUACCCACACAGGGAAUAUUCACGUUGGCAGCAGUGGUAUUUUAAAACCUUUAGGCGAGAAUGUAAAAUGAUAACAAACAAAAACUGAAAAUCUUUCCGUCAGGAUGAGCAUGUGGGAGAGCGAGGAGGCCAGGAGCUAAUGAAGGAGUCUGAAACUAGGUCACAGUACACGUUAUCUGCAGUGUUGGAGGCACUUCUACUGUGCUUUUAUUAGGGCUGGACCCGAAUAUCCAAAUAUUCAGUGGUUGUGGAGGUAUCGGGAUAUUAAAUGUGAUACUGGGAUCCGCCCGGCGACCCCAUGUUUGUUUAACCCUCCUGUUGGCUUCAUUUACAGGCACCAAAAAAAGUUGUUACCUUGUCUGAAAAAAUCCAAAAACUCAGCAAAAAAAUCCCCCAAAUUAUAAAAAUUUGCAAAAUAUUCAGGAAGAAAAUUUCGAAAAUUUCUUAAAAGUUUCUCUUAAAGUUUUUGUUUUUUUAAAUCCCCAAAUUUGGCAGGAAAUGAAAAUUUUAAAAAUUUUAAAUAUUUUCAAAAAAUGACUAAAAAUCUUCCAAAAAAAAUCCUAAAAAUAUCUAAAGUGAUUCCAUAUAUAUCAGUAAAAAUUCUAAUAUUUUCUUUAUGGACAUUUGGAAAAAAAAAUCUGAUUUUUUUGUCCGAAUGUUCUUAAAGAAACAUUGUUUUAGCAUUUCUUUUUUUGCACCAAAAAAUGUUCAAAAAUUUCCCAAAAAUGUUGAAAAUGCGGAGGUUUUCACUGUGAAAUACAAUAAAAUACACAUUUUCAGACUUUAAAAUGGCUCAAUUUGACCCGCAGGACGACACGAGGGUUAAAGAAGACAAAAUGCCGAAGACGGAGAUACCUGCGCUGAUGUAUCAUUUUCCAAUUAGCAUUUAAUUUGUAUUUGACUUUGUGAUAUUAACUGUGUUUAUAAGUAAAGAAACAAAUGAUAUAAAUAAAUGAAUAAUAUUCUGUCAUUACAGCCCACCCACCCCCACGACCAGCCGAAUAUCUGGAGCCCAGAGGUGGCUAUUCAGACCAGCCCUAGGUUGUAUAUAAAUCUGUCAUUUUGUAUAAACAGAGCAGCUCACCAUUGGAACAAAGCCAGUCUUUGGGCUCCUCCGCCCCGCUGGUUUAUCUGCUGUUUAAGCUGCAGGAUGAGGCGACUCGCAGCGUAAAAUUUCACCACACGCUGCUUUGUGGGGAAGGAAAGGUUGCCGUUGCAGCCUCACCGUGGUGGCAAAAUGUUAGAGAAAAACCUCACUCUGAAGAACUCGCGGCCCAGAUUUUCCACCGUAUUCGGGUCAAAACUCAGCACAACUGUAGUGUUGUUUUUUAUAACACGUCGUAGUUUACAGCUAUCAGUUUCUACACACCCCUAAACAAACAAAAAAAAGUCUAUUUUAGCUCACGGUUUAAGGACAAUCUUACAAGAAAUAAUCUUUUUAAUGAUUUUUAAUGUAUUUGAAUGAAAGGGAGUGUAUGCGAGAGGUGUGUGUGUUUUGUGUUUAAACUGUUGAAAUUCAGCCACUGCAGCAUCAACACAACACAAUAUCAGAUCAUAGAGGAAAUCAGUGAGCAGGUUCGACAUGAAAUGUUUCCCUGGGAGGCUUUUAUUUUGACGGGUAGUUCCUGCGUCCGUAUCGGCGGCUACAGAAGAUGUGUGUUUUUAAAGAUGAACGAAUGGAAACCUGAGAGCCACACACGGUCACAAGAAGCCAGGAAGUACCGAGAAUUAACACAGUUUUAGUCUUUUCGUGUUUAAAAAUACACCAUGAAAGCAGCUUUAUCCGUCAUGAAACCCCGUGAAGUUUCAACACCAUUUCAGACGCAUUUCAUCUUUGAGUGGAUAAAACCACAGUUAAUGUGCCGACAUCUGCACGUUAACUGUGGCUUCAUCAUGUCCUUUUGUUUGUGUGACAGAGUUUUGGGUGAUUAUGACCAAAUGUGUAAAAAAAACUUUUAAUUAAUCAUCUAACACUUUGUGUUUUUUAAUGGUACUGUUGGUACCAAUGGGAAACCAGUUUCUCUCUACCUGGACUAUUCACCUGUUCACACACUUGAAUUUGAAGCAGAUCUCCUGAGGUUACUGGACAGGUCCAUAUUUCAGAGGGAAGUGUCCACAUUCCCCUGCUAUGAACCCACAUUUUCACCAUAUUAUAGAUACAUGGUUAUUCAACAGGCUGGUUUGAUUCAUUCUGAUUCCAACUUGACUGAAACCUUCACUUAUUUGCCUUUUGACACAAAUAUUUGAAAAGAAAAACGACACACAAAAAAAUUUGAGUAAAAACGGAAGGUUGUGUUUUUUCUAGUGCAGGGGUUUUCAAAAACGGUACUGUACUCAGCCACAGCACCUUUAUUUGUUUUAUAAAAACAGAUAUAGUACAGUUAUAUUACAUUUCUGGAAAACUUUUUUUCCUUUUAGUUGCAGUGGAUGUUUCUAUGUUUGUAUGUAUUAUGUUUUUAUGACUGGUGAGAUUGAAUAAACGGUUUUUAAGACAAAA